AUGAAGGCUCUGCACGCUAUCGGACAUCUCAACUUCAUGUUGCCGGUGAGAUCAUGUCCGCUACUACGAAUUCUCAACAAGCCCACGUGCAUCCAGUCUCGCCAUCCAGGGCGUAGGACGCACUUUUCUGAUGGACGUAUCCCCUUUUCUCCAACAGGGAAGGUCCCCUGGGAAGGCAUUCACAUGUCCCGCUGCAACACCCACCUCAAAAAACCCGAUCUCCCAUGGGGGUUUUCUAUCUACCGCUGCACGUACAAGGACGAUAAAGCGUGGGAGCGAAUACUCCAGCUACUCCAGGAUUCAGUUGAGGAGUUCCUUGAGGAGGGCGCCCCUGAUCUGAUUCCCUACCACCAGCUUGUUAUUAAUGAUGAUGUUACAAAUUUUGACGGUGCAACCUCUCACGAGAUUCGCGACCACUUUAAUGCCUGGGUUAAGGAGCAGCUAUCGCUGGUGGCGAACUAUCCUGAAAGACUACAUAUGUUCGGAGGAUCAUGUCCAGAAUACUCAUUUGGAGCGCGUUUCAAUUAUGCCCUCUUUGUGGACGAUAUCUGUUUAGAGUCUCUUGACCAUAUGACGUCGCCUGUGGUUAAAAUUUUGUACAAACAGUGGGGUAAUUUGACUCCCGAGGAGAGAAACUAUAAGAUCCACCCUGAUUGGCAUGAUGGAACCACGGAGAUGGAUGAAGAAGAUGUCGGAUGGAUGUAUAUGUGUGCCGAUGAAUAUGUGGAGUUAUAUGAUAAGUUCGAGUGGUCCUAUUUUGAUAUGUGGUACGCCUUUUAUAUGAGGCCGCCUCUAAUGGACGGUCAGGUACCGGAAAGACGGGGGGAUAGGUCCGAGCUGCCAGGAUUCUGGCGGAUCAAGAAAUAG